UCGGAGCUGUUGGCCAGCUUUCCGCACGAGAGGUCGCUUUCCGUGUCGAUUUUGACCAAGGAAGAAACUCUCCGGCGCUGAGCAAACUCUUCUAGCUCGGUUUGCAUGUAGGUCGCUGCGUGCCAGAUAAGGUGUUGAGUCUGCUCCGUCUGUGAAUCGCAAACCUUGUUUUUCUGGCCCCCAACCGGGACCAACUGAACGCCCCCUACGGAAGAGCGCGAGAAGCCGAAUCAGAAACGACGGAAAUUGCCCCCAAAGGGUGCGCCGCGAGCACUGUCACAGGUUCCGCAAUUCCGUGGCUUUUCUCCGGCAAGGCGAGCGUCGCACCCAAGCCAAGCAGCAAGAGUAACAGCAGCAACGGAAUGAGAAGCCACAGCAACAGCAGCGGAGACAGCAGGGAUAGCCAUGAACGCACUCGCAUGGGUAGCAGACCACUGCGGGGAGCGCUGAGCGUGGCAGUAUGGAUGUUACCUCUAGUGCAGGUCCUGUCGGUGUACACAAGGUGCAUGGGAGCGAUGGGGAUCACGAGGAUCCAACGCAUUCCACAGGGAUGGUACUUCCCCGACUACAACAUAUCAGUGGACGACUUUGACACGGUGCAGGUUGUGGCAGCAGCAGCGGAGACCACUCUGAACAUUACUAUUGUCCAAACAAAGACGCUGGAAACGGAAACUCUUACAACCGACGAACAACCAUAUUACCGUGCAUUUGAUCCUACUGUAGUUUCAGAGUCGUUCAUACUGGGUCGAGAUCAAUCACACCAUGCAAGAUCUUUGCAAUUGGAUACGUUAUGUCCUGAAACCUUGGAGACAACGGGAAUGUUUCUGGUCGCUACUAUCAACGUCACCUGCCAACGUGUACUUUCAAGCGAGGUUAAUGUUACCACGGUAACAAUCCCAGCAGGCACAGCUGUGCCAGUGGAGAGUGCGGAGACAGACGUCUUGAGUGGCCGGCAACCGUGCGUUCCACGAGUGUUUCAGCUGACCAGACACUGCCCUGGCUACACAUCUGCUGACGACCCUGCCACCAGUGCUGCAGCAGGCUAUUCAAGCGGCAAUGUUGCGGGGAUGACUGAUAGCGUUAUCAUCGCUAUAAUCGUAGUGAGUUUUCUGACAUUGAUCGGACUUGGAGUGCUAAUGUUAGCCUGUACGCGGUAUCGUACUGCUGGUGCCCUAUUACGCAAUGCCUGUCCUCAACACCAGAUGUCAGUACUCUACACUCCCAGACCGCUUCCUCCGUCCAGCAACGCCGCACCGAUCAUCACGUCCCACAAUCAUCAGAGUUACUCCGCUUGCUAUUACGGCUCUCACAGCGCGGAGGCAAAGAAACCUUUCCUGAAGCCAAAUGAGAUAGAUCAUGUCAUUGCAGACAAUCGACAGAAAUGGUCGGAACCUCUUGCACAGCUGUUGACGAGUAGCGGAAAGGUUCAUAUCGACAAGGCUGUAGCUGAAGGCUUCUUCUCCUCGGUGAACCUUGGAAGACUGCGGACAAAGAAGUCGCCUUCAGAGAAACAACAGGAGCAAGAACAGCCAAAGGUUUGCAGGAAAGCAUCAUCUUCUAGCAUUCGAACAAAUACACCAUCUGGCACUGGUUCCACGUCAGUUGUUGCUGCGGAAGACUACAGUGACCAUCUAGUCACCAUCAAGUACUUGAAGUGUAUGUGUGUGUCCAGUGAUGUUAGUCUAUUCAUGACGGAUCUGACUCUGUUGAAAGGGAUCGAUACGCACGCGAACGUGCUUAACUUGAUAGCUGUUUGUAUGGAUGACAAUAAGCCCGCUCUGGGGUGUUUUGACGGCGCAGUCGAGUACAAUUUGAAGCGCUACUUCAGCGAGGAAUGCCAAAAGGACUACUUGACGCCAUAUAUGGAUCAGCUACGCUACUGUGUGCAAGUAUGCAGGGGAUGUUCGUAUCUGACUUCGAAGAACAUUGUGCAUGCUGACAUCGCGGCUAGGAAUUGCUGGCUAACGAAGGAGAAUGUUGUAAAGAUCUCUUGCAACGCUGGCAGUCGGGACAUGUUCCCGGAUGAUUACAGUGAUAUCAACAAAGGGUGUUGUGCACCGUUGCGUUGGAUGGCCGUGGAAACCAUCAAGCAGAACGUCACAAGUCGUUAUUCCGACGUGUGGUCAUUUGGCGUUCUCAUCUGGGAGAUCCUGGUGUUGUGCAGCGACUUGCCGUACGACCAUCUCAACGACACUGAAAUAGAGGACUACCUAUCCGCUGGCUAUCGUCUGGUGCAGCCAGACAACUGCACUGACCAACUGUAUUCAAUCAUGGAGAGCUGCUGGGUGGACGCACCGGCCCAUCGGCCCGACUUCAAGCGUCUUUGCGGUAAGCUGGAGGCCAUGUGGAAAAGCGCGGUGGAAGCGGGCGGCCUUUUCCCGCGAGCGUCUACCAAGUCUGCACGCGAAAGCAGUGGAAGGUUCUCUAGGAGACAGGCUCCGAGCGGCUUCAACGCGUGUGCCUCCAUCGCACUCGCUAACACCGGCGAUUCGCAGUGCAGAACGGUUAGUGCCAUGCUGGAGAGAUCGAACACCAUGGAAACCAGCGUAUCCUCGUUUUCGAAUGUGCCGCAUUUGCAUCAUCAGCGCAACCACAACUACUGCGCAAACGCCAGCAACCAGCGGCGAGCAGCCAUAGGUGAAGACGGUGAUGCUGCCAAUGAUUACGCAAGCGCGGGAGCUGCCGUCGCGGCUGCUGCUGCUGAUAGCAUAAGCAAAGACACGUACGACAACACGGCUAUCAGUGUCUGGUCUCGGCCGGCGUACGCACGUUCAGUCAGCGCCUACUCUGACGCGGGUACUCCACCGCUGUGUUCCACUCCGCUGUCUGCCGCCGAAUGGGACGUUGCCUGUCGCGCCGGUGUCAGACCCGGCAGUACGGUUAUGAGAUAUCAAUCUGCGAUCAGGGAAACACCGUCUAAGCAAGGAGUAGAGGUUCAAGCAGGCAGUUCCUUGCAGCAGGCAGAGUAUGCCAUGCUUAAUCGUGUUCCUGCCGUGCCAAAGCAUGGCAUAGUCAAGCGGAAGCCAGGUAACGUGAGCUCUUCCGGCGGUGCUGCCGCUGCCACUGCUGCAGGGUUUGGCGGACGCCGUCGACAAGUCUCGCUAUGCUUGGACUCGGAGGGCAGCGUUCCCGCCUUGUUUGGCUUUCCCAGCGACGACAGCUUCAACUUCCCCGCCACGCCGUCCUCGCAGUCGCUGUACCAGCCUGCGUCGGACACUCGCACCAGCAGCAUACUCACCCCCAGCUUUCUCGGCGGCAGCUCCCAGUCCAGCUUGGUAUCGGCGAGCAGCAGCGCUCGUCCACCCAGGCCUGCCAAGCCAUGGCAGCAGCAGCAACAACACCAGCAGCAGCAGCAGCAGCAAAGCCGCCAGCGCAAAGUGUCACAAUCCUCAUCCAUGGAGACUCCACCGCACGCUUCAAGCCAGGGUAUGGCCGCUGCUGCUCCUGCAAUGCCAACGCCUGGCAACUGCUCUGGACCCGCACACUCUAGCUUGGCUGGCAACUUUCGUCGGUUUCAUGCCUUCGGCGUUCUGCAAAGCUGCAGCGAGAUCAGCGUGGACGACGGAAGCAACAGGGAAAGCAGCGUCUCCGAGCAGCACCCGAGCGCGCACACUACCAGCAGUGGCAGCCCGGGUGUGCAUCCGGCAGGUGUUCAACAAAGCAUCUCGGCCGCCGUGUAUCGAUCAUCAUCCACGCCCCGUGGCUCUCUGUCACCCGCUCCAGGCCCGCUAGCGAUGACUGCUCACGCAGCCGAUAGUCCGACCAAUGAAAUCGCUGAUGAGGAUUACACGGAGAUGGAACCGCCUCCUGGCCGCGCAAACAUCGACACAAACAACAACAGCAAAGAUGGCGGUGGAAACCUCGUUAACAGUAGCAUUGACGCCAUCAGCAGAGAACGGGAGAGUAAUGUGACGAGAGCCACACCGGAGGCCACGUCUCCGCGAACAGGACUAGUACGAUCCCGCGGCCGAUCGCCGUGCACGCAGAUGCACCGACCGGGAAAGCGACAUCACCCUCCGAGUCAACUCCUCUACACCAACGUUCCCUUAAACACCGCGCAGAGGCGCACGUCACCUUCAACGGGCGUCUUCCCGCCAGGCACCUUGCAGCUCUCCGUUCUAUCUCCAUCGCCUGUCAGAUCGACACACCACUCCCGCAUCAUGCCGUCUGCAGAGCCACAGCCGGUGAUGUCGUCCUCCCCCGUGACAACAUCACAGCCUCCAAUGCUGACAUCAUGCCCACCAACGAUGACAUCACACCCUCCUCCAGCGAGGACACCGCAAUCGCACAUAUCAGUGUGCUUGCUGGACGAGGACAAGGACACCAAGGCAACUCAGUGCAGCUCACCGACGACGCAGAGGUCACGUACUGUGUCCCACCCCGUUGACAUCCCCAUGAGAAUUGCCGACUCUUAGGUGGUGGUGCCUUGUAUGUUCGCGCAAUGUUUUUCCUUCUAGCUAGCGCUCAGAGUCAGUUGUUACAAGUUUGAACGCCCCCAAAGCCUGUCACUUCCGCACGUUCUUGCCAGUGUCAAACUUUACUCCGUGGAUAGCGUCACCCAGGUCCCAUAGCACUCUUACUCAUGUCCAUGUAUUGCUGCCAGCUCCGUAUGCUACGAGCUGCAUGUGUUUUGAACUGUUUGAUCAGCUUUGCAUAAUUAUGAUCAUUAUUACUGUAUUAUUAUUAUCCAUGUUUCUCAGUUAUUCCAAUAAUACCGAGUGAUUCGCUGCUUUUCCCCUUUCCAGUACUCCUUGUGGUGCCCAUACCCGCCAUUUAUACCCAUUUCCGCUUCCUUCCUUCUUUCCAGCACUUCUCCCCUAUGUCCCACUUUUCACUCAUAUGACGGCAUUCCCUAGACAAGUUCUGAUUCGCAAUCACCCAGUGGCCGAGUGGUUGUGUGAGGCGCGGUUUCGCACUCCGCAGCCGGGCAUCAUGCCCUCAUGGGUCAAAGCCACACUUCCAGUCCCCAACAAUGGGACAGAAAUCAAUCUGUCCCCGGGCUUCACUGCAAUGAUUUGAUACAGUUUUGCUAGUUGACACACAAUAAUCCAAUCCAUAGGGCACAUCAGGUGCUGUUGACCGGACUGUAUGGCCCUUUGACAUCAUCCCCCAUGGCAUUGGAGGUGAUACAAAGGCGGCUGGACACGUACACAUUCACGAUACAGUGAUUUGAUGUGUUCAGAACUGGUCCAGGGCAGAUUGGUGUGGGAUCUGGUCCAGGGCAGAUUGGUGUCACGGGAUCAAGUUCACCUAACGCAACUGUAGAGCGUGGCAUUCGUCUCUACGUGAA